AUGGGGCUGCUCAACUUCACCCGCGACCCGGUUCCGGAGGCGGUGAGCGGCGACAUGCACAACCUCAACCAGCUCAGCGCCCAGCAAUUCUCAGCUCUGACUGAAGUGCUCUUCCGCUUCCUCAGGGAGCCCAAGGAGGUAGAAAGGUUCCUGACUCAGCUCUCAGACUUUGCCACCCUGAAUAAAAUCAGCUUGGGCCCCCUGAAGAACAUUGUCAAGAGUAUUCUGCUGGUACCCAGCGGUGCCCUGAAGAGGAAUUUGUCUCCUGAACAAGUCAGAGCAGAUUUUAUUGCUCUAGGCCUCAGUGAAGAGAAGGCCUCUUAUUUUGCAGAACAGUGGAAGGUGAAUUCCCCCACCCUGACAUGCCUGGCUGUUGGUCAGACACUGAUGAUUAACCAGCUGAUAGACAUGGAGUGGAAGUUUGGAGUGACUGCUGGCAGCAGUGAGCUGGAAAAAGUGGGAAGUAUCUUCUUACAGCUGAAGCUGGUGAUUAAGAAAGGGAACCAAACAGAAAACGUUUAUAUAGAGUUAACUUUGCCCCAGUUCUACAGUUUUCUGCAUGAAAUGGAAAGGGUCAAAACCAGCCUGGAAAGCUUCAGCUGAAACUGCCUGGGCCUGACCCCACAUCUCUCCAGGAUGUUUGGCUUCUCCCUGGCCCUGCAGAGCUGCUCCUGAUAAGAGCAGCAGGCAAAGCUGAGCAAUGAGCAGUGGUGCCCUGGCCCAGCAGGACCCAGCAGUCCUUCAGAACCUGAAACUUCAGCAAGGGGUUGGAAGCAGCUCCAAGUCCAUUCUUUUUCUUGGUUUUCGUUUGUUUGGGGGUUUUGUUUUUAAUACUGCUGUGAGAAACUGGUCAGAAAUGUGUGGAUAUUUGUAUGA